GGGGUCAAGAGAGAUGGUUCCUCCAGUAAUUUAUAAGUAUCGGCGAAGGAGAGGACGGAGACUCGGAAGGGACUAUGAUGAUACUCGUGGGGUCUCGCCUAACCAUUUAAUCGAUAGACCCAACUCCAAUGUAAGUGAUGAGAGUCGCUCGUUUGGUUUAUUUAAUGAGGAUGAUGUUAGAGUUUGCGUUGAUGAUGAUGAUACCGAAAUUAGAGAUGGUUCUGCUCAUUUGAUGGAGAAGGAAGAAAGCAACAGUUUAGAUGAUUUGUUGUCUGAGUUCACUUAUAAAGGUGUGAGGAGGAAGACAUGUAAUGGGUUUGGAAGUAAAACCAGAAGGGGUCUUGUUACUUCAGGUAACACUGUAAAGGAACAAGCUUUUGAAUCUCCGACUCAAGUAAGAAGAAUUUCUCCAUACUUCCAGGGAUUAUUAACUGUUUCAGGACAGCACAAACAAGGGUGUGAUUCUGUUAGUGUUUCUUCUCAAAGUGGAAGCAAUUAUAGGAAAGGAUGUAGCAAAGCUCAAGCUACAGUCCGAAAAUUUUCUCCAUACUUCCAGAGACCAACUGUUUCAGAACAGCCAAAUCCACCAAGAGAUUUGCGUCAAUAUUUUAAAGUUGAAAAAGUUUCAAGAUAUUUCCACCAAGUAAAUGAAUUACAAAAGGAGAGAUCACGAAGAGUGAGGAAAACUCCUGUUAUGAGCCCUUCACUCUCUCAAUGUCAGAAGACUGAUGAUGCAUACCUGCGGAAGACGCUGGAUAACACAUGGGUGCCUCCACGGUCUCCAUGUAAUCUGCUUCAAGAAGAUCAUUGGCAUGAUCCAUGGCGGGUGCUGGUCAUAUGUAUGCUUCUCAACAGAACUUCUGGUGCACAGACGCGAGUAGUGAUAUCAGACUUGUUUGAGCUCUGUCCUAAUGCAAAGACUACAACAGAAGUUGAAGAAAAAGAGAUAGAGACUCUGAUCAAACCUCUUGGGUUACAGAAGAAGAGAGCCAAAAUGAUACAACGGUUUUCUCUCGAGUAUCAUCAAGAGAGCUGGACUCAUGUCACUCAACUGCACGGCGUUGGAAAGUAUGCAGCUGAUGCAUAUGCAAUAUUCUGUAAUGGGAAGUGGGAUUGUGUGAAACCUGAUGAUCAUAUGCUAAAUUAUUACUGGGAAUUCCUUAGAAUUCGUUAUAGAUUAUGAGUGGGAUGAUACAAGUAUAUAUUGUGCUCUCCUUUUUUGGUGUAGAUCAAUGUUGAAAAGUUGUAAAUGAUAGAGAGAUCUUGUCCAAGAGUUUGUUAAACUUUGUAAUAUGUUUUGAAAUUAUAUGGGGUUUGUAAUACGUGACAAAGUCAACAAGAAAGAAUCUAAAUCUCAAGUUUAC